CGGCUACUAUCUCAGUCCCGAUCGGUCGUUUCCGUCCUUCACUCUCCGGCAGGCGCCUUAGGUUACCCGCGCGCCGUCGGUACCCCUUCCUUAAGUCCUGAUUUUCAUUUCGAGUGCAUGCUAUCCAGAGUCACUCCGGAUAGGGGCCCUUAACAGACGGCUUCCCAAGGAAAGUAUCUUUGCUUUACAUUUUCGGUGGCUGUGCCCCACUCGCCCUCCGGGGAUGUCGUUAAAAAGCUCCCGGAGUUGGGGACUGAUGCGGGGGGGGGGGGGGGUCUUUCAAAAGCAUUGUAAAGUAGCCUGGAGCAAGAAUCCCUCUCCAGCCGUACCCCCACGCCCCCCCCCAUUUGCGCGCGCGCGCUUUCGCUCCCUCCGGAAAGAACUUGGAAGCGUCGCCCGGAAUUCGGAACGCGGGUUUGGCUUGAGUCCAACUUGGUGAAACCAAAACCCACUUAAAAGAACUGCAAACGGGGGUUUACGAGUCUUGUCCAGCGAGAGAACAUCUUGGAAUUUCAGCCUGGCCUUUGUGCUUUGUUUUGUCUUUCUCUCGGGCCCAGAAGUCGGGCAUAACUUUUUUUUUUUUUUUUAAUGCUCACCCUCACGAGCUGUAAUCCUUGAAAGAAUUUUGACUGCCUUCCGGAGGAUUAGCAGCGCAUCCCGUGUAGCCUUCGCUCGCAAUCUUUGUAGGGCGAGGGAGGAAGGAUAUAUUAUAUUGCAUGAAAGUUAACCUUAAACGAGGACGAUGUACGCCUCGUAAUCUUAUAAGGCAGCACUUCUCCAGUCUCUGAAAAUCCUGCAAAUUCAAUAAGAGUAGUUCAUCUGCAGCUCUCAAAACAGUUAUUCUUCUAGUCGCCCCAUAAAAUAAAGACUUUCUGGGAAAAUGUACUGAAAAUACGAUUGAGUAUCUCCCAUUGGUAAAUCUGUGCCUUUGGAACCAGUAAAAUUUAUUUUCCAGUAAAUGUAUAUAAGAUUGGACUAUGUGAGCACACACAAAUCAUGGCUUGCCCUUAUGCAAGAGAACUAGUUGAAGUAGCAUCUUAGUUAUCUGCAGUUCUCAUUCAUUUCACAGGGAGCAUUUUGAUCAUCUUGGUUUAGCCUGUCAGUGCUUUGUCAAAAGCCAGGGGAAAAGUCAGUCUGCUUCUGGAUUAAUCCCUGUUCAGGCAGUACAUUUCAGCAGGAAACUAAGAAGGUUGCUGAAUUGCAGCAUUAAUUUUAUUGAAUGUUCAGGCUGUGGGUGUAGACAGAAUUUCAGAUGUUUCAGUUGGAAGCCAGAAUGAGUGGAAACUGGAAGAAAAACCAGUGAAAUGGAUUUGGAUUUUACAGGCCUCCUUGGUGAAGUGUUCUUUUUAAAAUUCUAUGCAAACAAAUGAUUAUGUUGGAUGAUAAACUACUGUGGCUUUUUCCUGUAUCAAUUUAUUUACAUAAUGCAUAUGAUAUAUAAUGAUUAUAUAUUCUUCUGGCUUUAUGGUCUGUAGUUUAUGAGAUUAAUGAGGUAAAGUGAUUUGGAACAGAAGUUGCUUUGCUGCUUCCAAACUUAAUGAUGGUUAGAACAAUUUAAAUAUUUUUAAAAAUAGUUUAACAAGUUCAUAGAAGAUGCUGUUCCAUUUUUUAAAGAUUAUCUUUCUUCAUUUCCCUGUGGCUAUUCAAAAGUUUCUUUACUGUACUUAAUGCAUACUCUUUUCCAUUGGGCAACUUAGAAAGCAGCUGUUUACUUGCCUAGUUGUAUCAGACUCAGUAAAAAUAUUGUAAUAGCUUAUAUUAGUGGUGGUGAACCUAUGGCACAUGUGCCAGAGGCAGCACUCGGAGCCCUCUCUGUGGACACGCACGCCGUCACCCCAGCCCUGCAGCCCCCCUGGAGGAGAAUCACCCCUGGCAACAGCCCGCACAAAGGAGCACAGCCAAGCACAUGGCAGCAGGGACAAGAUGCCACCCUUGCGCCCCGUCACAUAGAUGAUACUGCAAGGCGCGGGCAGAGGGCAUGGCCUCCAUGACGCUGCUGGGCCGCCUGGGUGAUCUGCUAUGAUAACAACUCUGAUUAACCAUAAAGAUAAGCCAAAGAAGUCGGAUAAGACAUUGAAAGCAGUCCAACAGGUGGGCCAAGCAGUUAACCUAGCUGUUGGAAAAUUUGUCAUGGUGGGUGAAGCUAUAGCCAAAGAAAACCAAGAGCUGAAAGAAGAAAUGAAGGCAGCCUGCACUGAAGCAAAGCAAGCAGGUGAGACGAUUGCACAGCUUACAGACAUUGCAACCUUGGAUCGUCCAGAAUCUGAUGGCCAGAUAACAAUUUUUACAGACAAAACAGGAGUGGUAAAAGCUGCAAGGCUCUUGCUUUCCUCAGUUACUAAAGUAUUGGUGUUAGCUGACAUAAUAGUUAUUAAGCAAAUUAUAGCUUCUAGAAACAAGGUCCUUAAGACAAUGGAACAGUUAGAGAAAGUGAGCAGUUUUCAGGAAUUUGUGCAAAUAUUCAGUCAGUUUGGAAAUGAAAUGGUGGAAUUUGCCCACUUAACUGGAGAUCGACAAAAUGAUCUGAAAGAUGAAAAGAAGAAAGCUAAAAUGGCAGCUGCUAGGUCUAUUCUUGAGAAAUGUACCAUGAUGCUUCUCACUGCCUCCAAGACCUGUUUAAGGCAUCCCGAUUGUGAAUCUGCCCGUGUUAACAAAGGAGCAGUGUUCCACAGAAUGAGACUAGCUUUGGAACAGGUUAUAGAGAUUGUAGCAGACACUCGGCCCAAUGGAGAAAAUGAAUCAGGCCCAAUGAGCAUCUAUAAUGGCAUUAAGGAAUUCAAGAAUAAGGUAGAAGGUCUGCGAGAAAACCUUUACCUUCUGCCAAGGGACAGCCUUAGAGCAUUGCUGCGUCUUGUCCUUGAACUCACAGAAGAUUUUACUGAUUCUGCUUAUACAAGCCAUGAAACCCGGGGGCAUAUCUUGGAGCUCUCCAAACAAGCAAAGAUGGAAUUGGAACAGUUGGUGUCAGCCUGGAUCAAUGCUCAAAAUCAGAAGAAAAGAGAAAUCACAGAAGACUUGGAAAUAUCCAUACUAAAAAUGUGCCAGUGCAUGAAUGAACUUCAAAGAGAACUCCAUAGUGCAGCAAUAUCUGUUGCAGCAGACCUGAUAAAGUAUCAUUCUGAUCACCUUGUUUUGAAAGCACUGAAAGCCUGCGGAGCAGAAGGAAAUAUAGAAGCUAUUGCAGAGCAUAGCUAUAAGCUCUCUGAACAGAAAGACCAAUUGAUCGAAAUAUGCCAUCUAUUGAGACAUGUCUCUGGAACAGAGCCACUUGAAAUUACUUGUCUCCAUGCAGAAGAUACUUUUCAUGUGACUGGGCCUCAGAUAAUUUCUGCUGCUGAAACCCUGACAUUGCAUCCUUCCAGUAAAAUUGCAAAAGAAAAUCUGGAUGUAUUUUGUGAGGCUUGGGAAUCUCAGCUGAAUGACAUGUCCCUGCUCUUAAGAGAAAUCAGUGAUGUGUUUGAAGGAAGACGAGCAGGGUCAACAACCCCUGGGCUGCAGACAGGCAGGAACUGGGCCACACAAGUGAGUGAAGCACCAUCUGCGCAUGCACGGGAUUCAGGCAGCGUGCGAAACCACACACCCUGGUCCAUGAAAAAAUGCCCUCCAUGGAACUGGUCCCUGACACCCAAAGGGGAGAAGCGUGCAUACUUGUCACUACCCAAACCAGGGAAGCAUAAUGCAAAUUUAAAAGCCUUAAAGCCAGUCAGACUUGAUAAUGAGGAACAAACAAAACUUGGAAAAUUAGGUUUAGAACUUCAUAAGCUAACAACUCGGGUUGACUCUGAAAUGGAGAAAUGGGAAGACCCAGAAAAUGAGAUUAUAAGAUAUGGACAAGGUCUAUCCAGUAUGGCAUAUUCCAUGUAUUUAUUUACAAGAGGGGAAGGACUACUGAAAAUUACCCAAGACUUAUUCCACCAGGCAGAGGCCUUUGCUAUAGAAGGAUUAAAACUUACUUCAGCUCUCCAUAUAUUUUCCAGUCAGCUGGAAGAUGAUGACAAGCCACUGCUUCUGCAGGAGAUUGAGAGGAUGGUCUCUGCAUGUCAGCAGCUUCAGGUCACAGCUAAAGCCCCUGUGCAGGGCAAAACUGCAACUCAUCUAAAGGUGGAUACCUGUGUUCAGAAAGCAAAGUAUAUUCUGGAUAUACUUUCCCAAGUUCUGCCACUUAGCUUCAGAUUACUUAGAAAGCAGAAAGCAGGAAAUGGAUAUCUAAUGGCCCACUGCUCUUGGAAUGGCCAGCAUGCAGCAUCAAGAGAAAACAGUGGCCUGGCUGGGAGUACUAACACUUUUGGAAUCAAAUCCUUGGAACAACAUGUAGCAAGCCUCACUGUUUUGGAGAACAAAUGAAUUGAAGAUGGCCAUAUUUCUAUGUUGGAUUUGUACUUUAAAUCUCUCCUAAUUGCUUUCUUUUGAGAAAGGUAAAACCGGGUUAGAAAAAGCUGAUGUAGUCUUUUCACAUCUAAUAGAUGUCAUGGUACUUAGCAAUUAGCAAAAGGAACAGUCAGAUUUAAUGGCUGCAUAUUUUUGUAUGGUGAAUAACUUUUGGUUCACUGUUAAUACUGCUAUUUUUAUAAUCAAGUACAUUAUGAAUGUCUUAUUUUUCAAACCCCAAAGAUGCUGCUUUGAAUGUUCAUGCAAAUGAUCUGGAUAAUAUCAGAUAUGCUACAUGGAAAACUACUGGUGGUGGUUGCUGCUGCUGUCUUUUGUUUAAUAGCCGUUAUUAAUGUGAGUCUUGACCCUCGCCAAUAUCAUCUGCUGGGGAAAUCUGUUUUGAAAAAAGCUUAACUAGCUGAAUAGCUGCUCAGUCUUUGCCUCUUAAAGUGACUUGCCAAGAAAUUAUGUUGCCAUAGAUAACUACAUUUGUCUCCUGGUGGACAAGGAAGGGGAGGAACAGAACUAGGAUAGAGGCGGUCAAAAAAAUCCACUUUGCUGCUACUGGAUACGUAAGUUACAAUAAAGCUUUAAUGAUGAUAAUUUUAUUUUCAUUUAAAAACAGUGUCAGCAAUAUUUAAAAUUAAAACUAAAGAUCAGUAACAGCAUUAAUAAAAUCAGCUAUUUUAUAAAAGCUCCCUUUUAUCUAUAUUUUUAUGUACAAUCUUUAUAGCACUCUAAAGAAUUUUUUUCAGAAAUAGUUCUUCUAAAAUUACAUGUAGUAUGACCUAAUUCCCUAAUAAAUGUGAUUAUAUUUACAGCCUUAAAUAUAAAGCUCCAGCUUUCAUUUUAGUAUGAUAUAGGAAAGCUUAAGACUGAUCGUUCAAAUAAGUUGCAGCUAUUAAAAAUACUUACUUCAAAGAGGGCAUUAUCUUUUUUGCAAGUUCUUUUCCAAGCUUGUUUGAGAUCUGUAUAUAUCUUAAUGGUCCUAUGUUUCAGAUUGUAAUGUUAUCAUUACAUUCCUUGCCAGUCUUAAGUACUGUAAACUGAGUAUGUUUGAAAAUUAUAUAGCGAAGGUAAAUUACUCCCACGUCCUUCGCAUUUUUCUAAGAGGACAACUUGAAGUCACAAGCUAAUUAAUAUAUGAUGCUCAAUCAUAUUUGACUGUAUCAUGCAAUGUAGAGGUUGGGAGUCAAAAAAAGAAAAUAAGUAAGCACUUCUAACCUUCUUACCUCUUUUUUUUCUUCUGUAACCCAGUCCCAUCUUCCACUUCUGUGGCAUUUAUAUUAAUGUUACAAUUGUUAAACAUAUUUUUAACAUUUGGUCCCAUAAAUCUUUGAACCUUCACUCCGCAAACCUUAAGGCAACACAAGCUAAGGACUGGUGUAUCAUCUAGUUAAUUUAUAGUUUCAGGGUUGCUGCUCAGCCAUCAUAUGGCACUACGCUGUAAGCUUCAUCACUAAAAUCCUCAAAAAAACAUAAUAAAAAAGUGUUGAUUGGUGGAUUGAUAUUUUCAGAUUGGGUUUUGGUUAAUAAAGUAGAAAGUGAGUAUAAUGUACAGAUGAAAUCUAAGUAAACAAAAGCUUUUAUUGACAUAAAGAACCCAUACAAUAUUUUGGCACUACAUCCUUAAAUCCAAUACUAAAAGUUACAGAUGAGAUUUUUGAAAGUCUUAAAACACUGACUUUGUUGUUUAAAAAUGAACAAUUAAAAUUAUAAUCAUCCAAAAGUAAAGUAUGAAAAAUCCAUAAAGUCACUUUAGUAUGGGACAUACUGGAAGAUAUCUGAUGUAUUUCACACUUCUGCUGAGUUUUCUUUCUUUGUAUUGCAUAAUGAUGUGGAAUUAAAACGUUUUGACAGAA